AUGGCAGACAGAUUAUCACAGAUAGCAGGGCAGCUCAACUACCCCAAGGGCAUGCUCGCUGGUCAGACUGCCAUCAUCACAGGGAGUGGACAAGGAAUUGGCGCCGAAGCAGCCAGACUUUUCGCCAACGAGGGCGCAAAGGUCAUCGUAUCAGACAUCGAUGGCGAGAAAGCACAAACAGUAGCCGACAGCAUCACCAACGAAGGCGGCAAAGCCCUCGCCGUUGUAGGCGACAUGUUAGACGCCUCGUACAUCAAGACCCUCGUCCAGGCCGCCGCGUCCUUCGGCGGCGACAACAAGAUCCACAUCAUCGUCAACAACGCGGGCUACACCUGGGACGCCGUAAUCCACAAGAUGACCGACGCGCAAUGGGACGCCAUCAUCGCUCUGCACAGCACCGCGCCCUUCAAGCUGAUCCGUGAGGCAGCGCCUUACUUCCGGGUGAAAGACGGCGAGCCACGGUGCAUCCUAAACGUCUCGUCUACGUCGGGGGUGCACGGCAAUGCCGGACAGGCUAACUAUGCGCUGGCGAAGGCGGGCGUCACUGGGCUGUCCAAGACUAUUGCGAAGGAGUGGGGGCCAGCGUUUGGAGUAAGGGUUAAUACUAUUGCCUUUGGACAUAUUGAGACGAGGUUGACGCAGGCUAAGGAGAAAGGGGCGUUUGUCACGGGUCCGAAGGGGGAGAAGAUUGCGAUUGGGAUUCCGGAGGCGACGAAGAAGCGGACGGGCGAUCAGGCGUAUGCUGAUAUCCCGUUGAGGAGGCCUGGGACGGCGACGGAGGGUGCGAGUGCGAUGCUAGCCAUUUGCAGUCCACUGUUCUCGUAUGUUUCGGGGCAGACGGUCAUGGUGACGGGUGGGCGCAACAUGUAA